AUGGAUCACAUGGAUGACAUUGAAUUGACCGAAAUGGUGGACACAGAUAAUAAUUCAAUAUCUAAUAAUAAUAAUAAUGACGGUAUAGUUGAUAAUAGUAGUAUCGAAAUCCCUACUACUACUACUACCGUUUUGCGUACCUAUUCAUCAACUAAUGUUAACGAUAACCAGUUAACUAAUAUAUCAGAUAAUGAUAAUUAUGAUUAUGGUUUCACAUUAAUAGAUGCCAUAAAAAUACUAAUAUCCGGUUUCGCCUAUAUUUUUGAUGUCGGCAAAGAUCUAGGUUUAGCCAUACAUUUUUAUCUAGCAAAUGAUUAUGGAUAUUUUUGGUUGACAUUACUGUUUGUAAUAAUACCGUCGCUUAUCAUAACCGUUAUAUCAGUCCGUAUGUCUAUCAGCGAUAUGUUUACACUAAGCGAUGGUGGAAUAAAUAUAGUAUACCCUCAAAAAACAUGUAGGCAAUUGUUUUCAAUAUUACAAUUGGGACCAAUUGUAUGCUAUUUGGAUGCAUUUUUAUAUUGUCUGGACAGCUGGAAAUUGCGUCGAUUUCGACAUCAGUCAACUAAUUAUUCAGAUCGAAUAAAAAACAAUUAUUAUCUAAAAAUUUUGGCCGAAAAGUCGGCCAAUUCGUUACGUUUUUAUGAAUGUCUACUCGAAUCGAUUCCGCAAUUAAUACUUCAACUCUAUAUACUUAUUCAAACGUUUGACAAUUGGUUUUACGAUAAUCGCCAAUCAGAUAUCAUAUUAGAAUUUAAAUAG